UAUUAUUACGUUUAUUUACAGUAUUGCUGUGGUUAGGAAUCCACAAGCAUGGAUAAUUUAUUAAACGCAACAGUAGGCCCUAACUUAAGUGCAACAACCGCCACCCCCAACCCAUGGUAUGGAAUAUACGGGUUCCAACGAACAAUAGAAAUCGUAUAUCUUGUGUGCAUUAUAUUGCUCGGUACACUUGGUAAUAUGCUUGUGAUUUGUUCAAUUAAAUCGGCGAGCCGGACGCACGUCAGUGGGAACAUCUUCAUCGUGAAUCUUGCUGUCGCUGAUUUAUUGGUAACAGCCGUACUGGUACCUUGUGUAUUGGCCAACGUCAUCGCCACCGAAAAUACUCUGCCCAACUUCGCUUGUCGUGUGGUUGCGUUCCUAAUGUCGACAGCUUGUGCUUGUUCAAUACACAGUCUUGCAGCAAUCGCAAUAAACAGGUAUUGGGCGAUCGUUCGUCCGUGUUCGUACCCGCGUGUCUUUUCAAAGAAGAACACCCGUAUCAUGGUAUGCGGAAUAUGGGUGUGGACUUGCAUUCCUUUCGUUCCUGCUAUAAUGCUAGCUGAACAACCGUAUGAUUACAUGAUAAUGGAAUGCUUAUGGGACGACAAGUUCUCCAACUCCUACACAAUAAGCCUGGUUGCUCUCUUGAUGGUCGUACCCUUUAUCGUUAUUUGUCUCUGCUAUGAAAGACUAUACCACAUCGUUAAAAAGAGAUCAAAAUGGUUAAUGGCACAAGGAUCGUUGGAAAACAAUACGACUAUGACGGAGGCUGCGCUCGAUCGAGAUAUACGGUUGCUGAAAACCGUUGCAGUAAUUAUAACCGCGUACAUGUUGUUUUGGAUGCCGUACGGUGUGAUGAUCAUAGCAGGCAAAUUAUAUAUUCCACCGGUGGCUAAAAAGAUAAUAGGCUGGAUGGCGUUCUCAAACUCUGCUGUCAACUUUAUAAUAUACGGUGUCAUGAACAAAUCUUCACGGGAGAAUUAUAAACAUUUCCUUAUUCGUUUGUUACGAGGGGAAUUCUGCGGGAAAGCAAAGCCCCCCACACCAAACAUUAGCGUAUAUACGAUGAACAGUCCAGCAGGGCAACGGAAGUUUAACACACAAGCUACUAUGGUUGAAUCUCGACGCGAAAAACAACUUGUUCAUAAACUGAACGUGGUAUAACUGCAGAACAAACUUCAAUUUUGUUUACAUUGCAUUAACUGUGAUUUUUACGCUAAGAGUUCUUUCUAUUUAAGUUCUGUCUUGUUUUUUUUACAAAAUAAACGACCAGACUAUUGGUGGGUCAAAACAGU